AACAUUAAAUGCACCAUUAAAGAUUAUUGGUGGAAAACAAAAGACAAAUGCAAAAUGUCGGAAAAUUAGGCUAGAAAAAUUGAUUAUAUGCUCACAGUUGCGGUCGAGUAUUGUAGAGAUUAAGUCGACGAAAGCAGCACGUUGCGCCGCAAGACCAACUGAUUACGCAAAAAUAAACUCAAUCCAAACGGUUUUGUGUGAAAAAGUGGAAUAUUUCAAAAGAAAAACUGAAUAAGUGAAAAUCAGCAAAUAAUUUCUGCAGUGUUUAAUCGAUAUUAAAAAUGCCCAAUCCAGCAGCUUUUACACCAUUAAUAACUGAUGCUCAACUCUCUAGCGUGACGUCAACGCCAGAAUUGGCACGACUGCUUGAUUUGCACUUGGGAAAAUAUCGUCAAAGUGAUCCUGCUUGGGAAGUAGCUGAGUCUGUCAUAUCAGGUCGCGGUAUAUUCGCACGGCGUGAUAUAGCCGCUUGCGAAGAAUUAUUUCGCGAACACACCUUACUAGUCGGUCCCACAGCGCACAAAAACACCAAACUGAAUACCUGCGUCAUAUGCUAUUGCCUCAUUGAAGGACCUGAUGUGCUCUGUUUAGCUGGUUGCUCACUGCCUGUUUGUAGAACAUGUAGUCAAUCGGAACAGCAUGAAAAAGAAUGCAAACUUUUUCGUAAAUGGAUACCCAAAGACCUAACUCAAAUAAAUCCCUGUUCACUGCGUAUUUUAUCGACGAUUCGUUGUUUCUUCCUAGACGAAGAUCAACGCAAACUUUUGUAUGCAAUGCAGGCCAAUGCGGAUAAAUACUAUUUACGUGAAGUUGCUAACGCCUCCGCUUGCUUUAAAUAUUUUCCCAAAGAUCCUGAAAUGUUGGACUAUUUUCAUCGCACCAUCUGUGCUUUCAAUACAAAUGCGUUUGAAGGUCGCAGUAAAGUGAAUGGACAUGAAAUCAUGGUGCGCGCGCUCUUUCCAUUGGCUGGGCUAUUGAACCAUGAGUGCACACCGAAUGCUAGUCAUCAUUUCGAGAAUGCUGAGACAAUAGUGGUGACAUCAACGCGUGCAAUAGCUAAAGGGGAAGAAAUCACAACAUCAUACACCAAAGUUUUAUGGAGCAAUUUGGCGCGUAAACUAUUUUUAGGUUUGACUAAGCAUUUUACGUGUCACUGCAGGAGAUGUCAAGAUCCCACGGAGAAUGGCACCUACCUAUCUGCUCUGUUUUGUCGUGAACAGAAUUGCAAGGGAAUCGUCAUUCCAGUGCAGACAAAAACUAUGCAACCGGAUUGGCGUUGUGUGACAUGUGAAACUGUCUUCUCACAUGCGAAAAUGGCACGUUAUCAGGACUUUGCGUUGAACACCAUCAACAAUCGCAUCAAUGCGAGCAGCGUACAGGAGAUGAUAAACUUCAUCAAUGAGUUAUGUCCUCGCUUUUGUCCGCCGUCAAACUAUGUAUUGAUUGAAGCAAAAUUGAAUGUGAUUUGGCGUAUGUCAAGAUUUACUGAUGUUGAGUACACACCAGAGGAACUGGAGCAUUGUGAACGUUAUCGCAGUGAAAUACUCGAAGUACUUAAAAAAUUGGGUGCAGGUGAUUGCACUUUAAAGAGGCUUAUUAGUGCGGAGAUAGAUUAAGAAAAGGAAACCAUAAAUCUCUAUUUAUGAGGUUUUGGAAAAUAAAUGUUUUAUGCCCGAAAAAUGUUGCAAAUUUAUAACGAGUAGUGAUUUAUGAGUAGUAAUUCUUUAUUAUAUACAUAUAAACUAUAUAGUAUUUGUUUCUAAAUAAUAAAAAUAAUACUAAUACUAAA